GCGGUUUUUGCCUCGUGCGCUCUGCUGCCGGUCGUUAGUCGCGGCUUCGUUGUCGAGCUGCGUUGUACGAACGGGGAUCGUACGCGCUUCUCUCUUGGUUGUUGGCAAAACAUUCUAAAGCCCAAUGUGGCCAUCUAACGUGGCUCUUGUGGUGCUGCUGGUGGUUGGUGUAGUGAGUGCUGGAUGUGACCAGCCGUGUCAGACGCGGGCGGCCAAACCGCAGCCGGGACGCUGUGUCCCGGUGGCCAAGUGUCCCUCGAUCAAGCAACACCUGCUGCGGUUGCAGUUUCGUGCGGCGGAUCAGUUGGAAGCGUUUCUGAGUGAGCGUGCCUGCAGCUACGGAAAGGAUGGGACGCUGCAUCUGUGCUGCACCGGGAAGAUAGCCGCCGAUCGACGCACAGAGCUGGCACCGAACGAAGCCCUCGAGUGUCCCGUCGACUGCGUGCCGAUCGAAGACUGUCCGGCAGUUUACGGGCGCAGCAUGGUGCUGCAGAAGCGGUACGACCGUCGCCUGCACAAGCUGCUGCGCGACAACUUCUGCCACGAGCAGGCGGGCCAGCUGUACGUGUGCUGCGAUCCGGAGCGCUAUCCCAACUCGAACACGGCCGCCACCCGGCAGCUGGCCAAGCGCGUGAGCUGGCAACCGUGCGUGACACCGUUCGGGGACGAUGGGAAGUGUGUGCCGCCGGCCCGCUGCGCCAUGGUCGACGACCCGAACACGAUCGCGUCCGAGCUGGAGGCGUUCGCGAUCGGGUGCGAUCCGGUCGCGAACCAGUCGCAGCUCUGCUGCACCGAGCAGCUGCUCAUCUUCGACCAGGAAGCGGGCAAGGAGUGCGAAACGAAGGCUGGGCUGGAGGGGCUGUGCACGGAAUCGGAACGCUGUCUGGAUUUCAUCGAGUCCGAGGGCAAGGACGUGUACGUGCGGCAGAACUGGUGCUACACGAACCUGCAGCAGGUGGACUACUUGUGCUGCGCGCGGGACCGCAUCAAGGAGCCUCCACAGGUUGAAUUUGGAAUACGUGCCGGGGAGGACCUAACGGCCUGCUCGACGGUGAUCAAUAGACCAGGAUAUUGUGUUCCGCUGGCGCAAUGUGGACCGGUGGCGAGGUUGCUGCGUCUAAUAUCUACCCGUGGAACGACCGCCACACCGGAUGAGGCACGCUUCCUGCGGGCAUCGAUUUGCCCUACGCCGGAAGGAGCCACCGGAUAUCAUGUGUGCUGCGAUGUGACGGCCGUACAAACUACGACUACACCGGCUCCUACCACCCAGCCACCGACCACUGUUGCUGCGGCCCCAGCCACAGCGAGUCUGGUCAAUCAUCCUAACAUACGACUGUUCGAUCGGACGAACUGUGGUCUCCCGGGGACGGUCAAUAAAAUCGCCUUCGGUCAGCAGGCACGGCUAUUCCAGUAUCCCUGGAUGGCCAUGAUCGUGUACGUGUCCAACACAACCGGCACGGAAAGUUCGGAAUGUGCCGGUACGAUCAUCAACGUGCGGUACGUGCUUACAGCGGCACACUGUAUCGACGGUCAGAUGGAACGGAUGCGAUACGUACGAAUCGGAGAGUAUGAUACCCGCACAGAUCCUGACUGCGAGGAGGACACUUGCGCUGCUCCAAUCCAACGCUACGGAGUGGAGGAUGCGAUCUUCCAUCCCAACUUUACCCGCAUCGUACGUUCCGGGCAUGAUAUCGGACUGCUGCGGUUGAACCGUUCGAUCGACUUCAGCUCAGGGGACGUUUCGCCCGUCUGUCUACCGUUUACCACCGGGCUGAUGGGAUUCGAUCCGACGCUGUACUGGAUCACGGGUUGGGGACUGACGGAGCGGCUCGAGGUCAGCCCGGUGCUGCUGCAGGCACGCAUCCCGCCCGUGUCCUGCAGUCUGAGCAGCUACGCCAUCUGUGCCGGGUUUGGCAAUGCGACGCUGCAUUGUGAGGGUGAUUCGGGCGGCCCGAUGAAGGCGCAGGUGCCGGAGUACAACUUCCGGUUCGUGCAGUACGGUGUGAUAUCGGCCGGCCCGCGCUGUGGUACGCAGGGUGUGCCCGGGAUUAGCUCACGCGUUUCAUUCUUUAUGCAAUGGAUAUUGGACAAUAUAAAAGCCUAAGUAGAUCGUA